AGGGCAGCCCCAAAACAACGAUUGUGAUUGGAUGGCCGGCUGUCAAACUCGAUUCGCACACGUCAGGGUCCGCCCCGAACUUUUACCCGUCCGCAUCUUCCAGAUCCAAAAACGAUCCAAGGUGCAUGCGCUAAGGUCCUGGUCCUGCGGACUUGUCCGCCAUUUGUACGGUAAGGUACGCACGAUGUAAAUUUCGCAAAUUGGAGCAGCCAAGCGCUCACCAUAUCCACAGCCAAGAGCAAGUGACUGAGCCUGGGUUGAAGGAGCCGAGGAGCAAAAGGAGUGCUCUUCUCAGAUGCUAACAUAAAUGUUUUGUGUAUACACAUCACGCUCCUCUUACUCUAGCCUGUCCGGUUGGGGCCUGGGUACCGGUUUGUCCAAUGUAUCAGAUGGCUGAAGUUCCUGAUGACUGGCAGAUAUGCCAAGGGGGUGCGAAGGCAAUAUUCCUGCAGUUUGCUUGUGUGCGUGGAUGUGCGUUGUCAUUAUUCCUCCUAUGGCAUGCCAUGUCGUCCUUUGCUGGCUUAUGCCCAUGUUUCCGCCCCAGGUUGACACGCGGGAGGUGUACGGACGUACAGUCUGCAAACUCCGAGUCGACUGCAGGUGCAGCUCUUCUGAGAAGCAUCCAAACCACCCCACACCGCCCAAGAGCGCCUUCUCGCUGUGUGCAUACCUUACAAGUUAGUUUGGCAACACAGGUUUGCAAACUGUACGGAUAUACUCCGUACACCAGCGUCUCGGGUGCCCCAGUCGCAACCCCGCAAAGACCGACACGGGAAUGGCACUUGGAACGCUGGAUGCAGAGAUACCUUAUGUACCAUAACGUUAUGUGCCUUACAAAUUUACAUAUGAACAUACCUGCCUGCAUUCG